AUGAUGGGGUCAAGGAGCGGCAACAGGCCCUGGGGCUUCCUGGGGGCGCCGGGGGUCUCGCAGCAGGCCACGGGCUGGCUCCUCCUCCUCCUGGUGGUCCUCCAGCAGCUUUGCUCCAGUUGGGCCUUCUCCACUUGCAAGACCCUGGACAUGGACCUGAUGAAACGGAAGCGGAUCGAGGCCAUCCGGGGUCAGAUCCUGAGCAAACUCAAGUUCCCGAAGCCCCCCGAGGUGGAAGACUCCGAGCCGAAGGUCCUGUCGGAGGAGGUGAUGGCCCUCUACAACAGCACCUUGGAGGUGAUCCGGGAAAUGGCAGACGAGGAACCGCAGGAGACCGUCCACGAAGAGUACUACGCCAAGGAGGUGCACCGCUUCACGAUGCUCUCCGUUAACCACCCAAGCUACGGUGACCAGUACAAGAAGGAUGACCAAAACGUCUACUUUGGAUUCGAAAUCGGACCAAUCCGGCAGGUCCUUAGCGACCCCAACUUGCUGUACCGUGCAGAGCUGAGGAUGCACGCCUCUGGGAACGGACAAGAGCAGCGAAUGGAGCUUUACCAGCAAAAAGCCCACUCUGGGAAUGACUCCACUUGGUACUACCUGCAAGGGCUGUCGGUGAAGAUGAAGAGCGAAAAAGAAUGGCUGUCCUUCGACGUCACCAACGUCCUCCGGUUGUGGCUCGCAAGUAGAGACGAGCUGGGAAGAUUUCGACUUGGCACUCAUUGUUCCUGUGAUGGCGAACGAAAUGAUCUAGCGAUAAAAAUCGAAGGCAUCACCGUCAAACGAGGGGACCAGGGUCCAUUAAGUCUGGACACAAAGCAGCGGCCGUACCUGCUGAUCAUGGCCACCACUCCGGAACGAGCUGAUUCCUCAAGUCACAAGCGGAGAAAACGGGCCGCUCCGGAUGCAGAGUUCUGCAGCAGUCAAUCACCGGAAGCGAAGAAUUGCUGCGUACGCCGUUUCUACAUCGACUUCCGAAAAGAUUUAAAAUGGAAGUGGAUCCACGAACCCAAAGGCUACUACGCCAAUUUCUGCAUGGGGCCUUGUCCCUAUCUCUGGAGCUCAGACACUCAAUACAGCAAGGUCCUCGCUCUCUACAACCUGCACAAUCCCUCGGCCUCAGCCGCACCCUGUUGUGUCCCCGACGAGCUGGAGCCGCUGGGCAUCAUUUACUACGUCGGGCGACAAGCCAAAGUAGAACAACUUUCCAACAUGAUUGUCAAAUCCUGCCGGUGUAGCUGAGAAAUAGGAUCGGUGGCGGACUUGGGAUUGCCGUUCGGGACAGUUUGGAACGUCUGAAAGAUCCCUCUGGGGACGGAGUCAGGACUGUGAGGACGUCGGCUUCGUUUUCCCUUCUG